CCAAAGCACCCAUCAUCAUGUUUAUAAAUAAGUUACUCCACCGUUCGUACCAUUCGUCAUCGGCGUCAUCCCUUCCCAUCUUCCACCCAGUACACAGAGGACAAAGCAGUGCAUCCUCUCCCUUUCUCAGCGACGCGCGAAAGGGCUACCAAGAACACCGAGGUGUAAAAAUAGGGACCAGGGACAGCGCCGAGAUCUAGGAGAGAAAACCAAAUUUCGGUUUCAGGCGGCAAACGGUCACGAGGCGGUGGGAAAUGUGGCAUGCUGUAGACACGAGAGACGUGCGGGCAGCGGCGGCGGGGAUAUUUCUCAGUGGCAUACACAGGGCACAGGGCGUGGUAAAGAGGCGCGGUGGCGGUACCCGAAGCAUGGCGGAGGCGUGUUACGGCGGACACGGGAGAGGAUGUGGUGAUCAGACUUCAGAGUGUGCCAGAGUCGUAUGCCCGCUGUGCGAAUCAAGUAUGGAUGCUGGUUGAUAGCUAUUGCCGGCAUUCUUUGUCCAACUCUUUUGUUGUUUGACAUCCAUAUCAAUAUUGUUUCAAGAGUUUCGACAGCCUUUUGACGCUGAAUAAACACAACAGUACAAGGGAAGGACAUUCGUCAUCCAGCUGCUGCCGCUGGACCAUCUCCUGUUCGAUAUCGCUCGGCUUAUCGCCACCAACCCCUUAUAUCAAACCACAUCUCGGCCACAUACCAGGGCCUACAGACACGACGUUCGAGACUCAAAAGCGACGAUUCCUGCCAGCGACAAUGGCACGCGCAGGUGAACGAUACACCUCUAUAUCCUCGGUGGAGAGCCAGAGCGCGCCUUCAUCGAGCCGACUGUAUGGUCCUUCCGCCAGCUCCCAAGGCUCCAGCCAUGAAAGCUACCAACCAGGCCCCAGGGGGUCAAGUAUGCCCCACAACGCGCGUGAUCCGAGGAGAGAUUCUCAGGCGAGCUCGAGUAUGUUGUUGGGUGCGCAAGGCAAAGGCGGCGCGGGGAGGGCGGGGGUAGCAGACCCAGCUGGGUGGGGGGCGAUGACGGGCGGGCCAGAGGAUGAUGAUUGGAUGCAUAAUGAAGAUCCUGCUUAUGACAAACGACAUAACCGCUUCAACGCCUUUUCGACGAGAGGUAUCGCCAACGUCGGCUGCCUUUUCCUCGGUGUCCUCGCCCUCCUUACCCUUUUUGCGGGAUACCCCAUCAUCACAUACUAUACCUCGAAGCAACAGUCGACGAAUGGAGCUUACAACCUCGGCGGCAUCAACAGUACGGGCCAGAUCCCGCUUAUAUCCAACUUUCCGUCGCCGAUCGACAAGGACACGCCCUCGGAUGUGUAUACGAGGACAGGGUUUGAUGGGGAAGAGUAUUCGUUGGUGUUUUCGGACGAGUUUAAUAAGGAUGGGAGGACGUUCUUUCCGGGGGACGACCCUUACUGGACUGCCGUCGAUAUACACUACUGGCCAACGGGCGAUUUCGAAUGGUACGACCCUGCCCAGAUAACGACCCGCGACGGCUCGCUCGUCAUCACAAACAACCAAGAGCCCAUCCACGACCUCAACUACAAAUCCGGCAUGCUCCAAUCCUGGAACCAAAUGUGUUUCCAAUAUUCCGUCUAUAUCGAAGUUGCCGUGUCAUUGCCGGGUACGAACAAAGUGGGCGGGUUUUGGCCGGGAGUGUGGAUGAUGGGCAAUCUGGGGAGACCGGGGUAUGGAGCGACGACGGAGGGGACGUGGCCGUAUACGUAUGAUUCGUGUGAUAGCGGGACUUUGGUGAACCAGACGAAUGCGGCGGGGACGGGGCCGAAGCUCGCCUUGACUUCUGGUUCCGACGACGGGCCUAUCUCCUAUCUGCCGGGUCAGAGAGUCUCGUCUUGUACUUGCGAGGGCGAAGACCACCCCGGUCCUACCGUCAAACACGGCCGCGGCGUCCCCGAGAUUGACAUCCUCGAAGGCCAGAUCGACCUCGACAUCCCCCAAGGCCAAGUAUCCCAAUCAUGCCAGGUCGCGCCGUUUGACCCGUCGUAUGAGUAUUUGAAUACGAGCAAGGGAGCGAUACAGUAUGACACGGACUUGACAAAGUGGAAUUCGUACAAGGGAGGCGUGUACCAGGAGGCGGUGUCGAGUUUGACGUAUAUCGAUAAUGCGAAUUAUGUCAAGACGAGCGGUGGGUUCGGGAUCUACGGCUUUGAAUACUAUACCAACCCCGACGAUCGGGAUAACGGCUAUAUUACGUGGGUCGCGAAUGGGGUGAAGAGCUGGACGAUGUACCCAGCGUCGGUGGGACCUGUGGAGGAUAUGGAUAUUGGCCAGCGACUCAUCUCAGAGGAGCCUAUGGCUAUGAUUAUCAACUUUGGCAUGUCCAACAACUUCCAAGCCGUCGACUUUGCGCACCUCGUGACGCCUGCAGAGAUGCUGGUAGAUUAUGUCAGGGUGUGGCAGAGGUCGGAUGGGUAUAUGGGAUGUGAUCCGUCUGAUAGGCCGACGGCGAGUUAUAUUGAGAAUCAUUUAGAGGCUUAUAGCAACCCAAACUGGACGACGUGGGAAGAGGCUGGAUAUUCAUGGCCUAAAAACUCGUUGAUCGACGGAUGUACCUAAGCCCACGGCAUCACUCACUGUAAACUGUGUGUUUUGACGACCCUUCGAUGACCUCUUUUGGAAUGGAAAGCAGGCUGCAGGCGGUGGCUAGAACGAAAAGAGACGUAAGAAAGAAAGUGUAGACACGCGUUAUACUGUACGAGUACUCGGACGGCACGUUUGGAAGUGUCUUGUUCUUGUAAUGAUAACUUUGGACAAUUCUCUCUCGUUUUAUGGAUGAUGGAGUGAUGGUGUCAUGGAUAGGCUGGAUUGAAGAUAAAUGUAACAUUUUAUGAUGA